AUGUCCAAACGUAUGGCAUCUGAAUCUCAUGAUGAUGAACCUACCCCAAAACGCAUCAGGAAUCAUGACGGGACAAAAGUGCUGUCACCACUGGCAGAUCAUGGCGCAUGGCACAUUCUGGAACAAUACCUCACCACCAACAUGACCUACCCUCAGAUAGAGGUGUCCUUUUCUUCGUAUCUCGGCGAUCGAUACAAUGGGGACGAUUGGAAGGAUGCUCAUGAUGCUUUGUUCUCCAGUGACGGUGAUGACAGCCUCGCCUUGGAAAAUCUUCUCGCUGUGAAGGCCAGGCAUGCGCCCCAGGGCGCCUCUGGUCCAUUAAAUAUUGUGACCCCGCAGAAAGAAUCUGCCAUAUCAACAUCUGCACCAAAGGCAGCCAGUCGCUUGAAAAGUACAUGCAUCCAAAGACCAAAAAAUCCCUUUAUCAAUGACGAAGCAUCUGACGAUGAUGAGAAAGAGAAGGAGGAAGAAGAAGAGGAAGAAGAGGAAAACCCUCAGUCGGAGGGUGACGAUGGCCCUUCCGCACAGUCGUCAAACGUUACAAGCUUGCUAGGACCUUCAUCAGCCAAGGAUAGGUUAGCCAUAGCAAUCGAUCACAUCUUCGACAGGUAUGCAGAGAAUGCAUCUCAUAGAGCGGCCUCAUCCUACGGCGCGGUCCAAAGCAGGAUGUACCUUCUUCAUGUUCACAGAUCUGCCACGCAACAUGUUGCUGAACAUCUUAGGAGCAAUGGAUUUGCAGUUACCAUAUCACCUUGGAUACCAAGUCAGCUUUAUGCUGUCUCAGAUAGCCCUAGAACGAUCGCAAUAUCACUUAACUUCCUUUCUUCCUCUGUGAAAGAGUAUAUUCGCAUUUCGGAGGAAGAACAAGCAGCGGUCGAACGUUCACGCUCCACACUUCCCAACCCUGGGUGGGUGAAAAUCACACAAGGGAAAUAUAAGGGCGAUAUCGGCUAUGUCUUUUAUUCCAAGCAAUCGAAUGACUUGGUCGCAAUAUUAAUUCCCCCACGCGACUUCCCAUAUCACAUGCCUGCGAGAUCUGUGGUGCUGCUCGACUGA